UGAAGCAACCCUUCCUCCUCAAGUGUGCCGCAUCUUGCAAACCCUAGAUUUGAAAACACUACACUUCUUUCUCCUCACUUUUUUCCUUUGUCGUAUUUCAUAUCUCAUAACCUAUACCCCUCUCUUUAAUAUGCGAUUUCUUUAGCUCAUAUACACUGCAUGAUGAUGUUUUGGCUGUAGCACAUGGUCAUAUGCCGGCAGUCUUUUCAGCUUAGUAUUGCAGUGAGCAAACAUCUAUGGUUAUUUGUUAAAAGGUUAUUUUUCUCUGAAUCUCCCACAACACAGAAGCUUGCAAAUAAUGGAUUCAACGUCCCUCUGCAACCUCCACUUUGUGUUCAUACCGUUAAUGGCCCCGGGUCAUCUUCUUCCCAUGGUGGACAUGGCCAAAAUGUUGGCACGACGCAAAGUGAAAGUGAGCAUAGUCACCACACCUCUCAAUUCCAUCCACUUCCAAGAUAGCAUAGACAGAGAGAUUCAAUCUGGCUCACCCAUCCAAAUUCUUCAUGUUCCGUUUCCAUGGGCUGAGGCUGGAAUACCAGAGGGGUGUGAGAGUCAAGACACUCUUCCUUCAAUGGAUCUCCUAUACAACUUCAAUGUCGCUCUGAACUUGUUGCAGCGUCCAAUAGAAGAGCUUCUACAAAACCAAAGCCCAUUUCCAAGCUGCAUAAUUGCCGACACAAAUCUCUUGUGCGCAGCUGGUGUUGCCGACAAGUUGAAUGUUCCUAGAAUAAUAUUCGACGGGACCAGUUGCUUCUAUCUGCUGUGCUGCCACAGUUUAAACAAGAACAAGGUCCAUGAAGCUGCAUCUUAUGAUGAGAAAUUUCUUGUGCCUGGAAUGCCCCACAGGAUCGAAUUGCGAAGGUCUCAACUCCCCGGAUUAUUCUAUCCUGGCAGGGACUUGAGGUUGCAAGCUUUCCGUGAGGCAAUAAGGGAAGCUGCGAAAAAGGCAUAUGGGAUAGUGGUUAAUAGUUUUGAAGAGUUGGAAGCAGAGUAUGUGAAAGAGUAUGAAAGGGUUACGGGGCAUAAGGUAUGGUGUGUAGGACCUGUGUCGCUGUGCAAUAAGGAUGACACGGAGAAGGGUCUGAGAAGUAAGAGAAACUGGAGUGAUGAGAGUAGAUAUGUGAAGUGGCUUGAUUCAUGGCCUGCAAGGUCUGUGAUUUAUGUGUGCCUUGGUAGCCAAAACCGUGCAACGCCUGAGCAGUUGAUAGAAGUGGGGCUGGGAUUGGAAGCGACAAAAAGGCCAUUCAUUUGGGUUCUUAGAGGUGCAUAUAGAAGAGAGGAAAUAGAGAAAUGGCUGUUGGAAGAUGGGUUUGAAGAGAGGGUGAAAGGGAGAGGGAUUCUGAUAAAGGGUUGGGUGCCACAAGUGUUGAUAUUGUCACAUAGAGCAAUAGGAGCGUUUUUGACACAUUGUGGAUGGAAUUCCACGGUUGAAGGGAUCUGUGCAGGGGUUCCGUUGGUGACUUAUCCUCUGUAUGCUGAGCAGUUUCUUAAUGAGAAGGUUGUUGUGCAGGUGGUGGAGACUGGAGUGAGUGCAGGAGCUGAAACUGUUGUGCGCUUGGGAGAUGAAUUCAAGGCUCGAGUAGAGGUGACGAGGGACAAUGUUACGGAUUCAAUUGAGAAUGUAAUGGGUGAAGGAAAAGAAAAAGAAGUGAUAAGGGAAAGAGCAAGAAAGUAUGCAGACAUGGCAAGGAAAACGAUACAAGACGGUGGUUCAUCUUACAACAACAUGUCUCUGCUAAUUCAAGACAUCAUCCGUUUGAAAAUGUCACAACAAAAUGGAACACCAAAUGUUUUUCUAGAGUAAAUUAUAUUCAGAGAUGUCCUAUAGUAUUUUGAGUUAUGCUAGACUCAGAUUGCACUUUUAAAUUGGGUGUUUUGUUGCUUAAGCUUUGUCCGAAUGAAGCACGAAAAAUGGAUCUUUGAUCUGCUAAAGGUUGAAUAUAUGCUAGGAAAGAAAGGAGGAGGGUACCCAAGAUAUCUUAGUGAUGAGAUGAACGAAAGGUAAAGACAUGUAACAUGUUGGUUCGGCUCUUUUAUUAAAGCAGGGUAUU